AUGGCUGGAACAUUAUGCGAACGAGACAGUUCUAAAAGAAUGACGUACAUUGAUUGGGACGAAUAUUUCAUGGCCAUUGCAUUCCUUUCUGCUAAACGGAGCAAAGAUCCUUGCACUCAGGUCGGUGCAUGUAUCGUUAAUAAUGACAAGAGAAUCGUCGGUAUCGGGUACAAUGGGAUGCCCACAGGAUGUAAUGAUGAUGAGUUCCCUUGGAAAAGGGGUCCCCACACUAGUUUAGAAUCGAAAUAUCUUUAUGUGUGUCAUGCGGAAGUUAAUGCAGUUCUAAACAAAAAUUCGAGCAACGUUAAAGACUGCACAAUAUAUGUUGCUUUAUUUCCGUGCAACCAGUGCGCGAAAGUAAUAAUACAGUCCGGCAUAAAAACUGUGAUUUACAUGUCCGAUAAAUACGCUUAUAAAGUCGAGACAAUAGCCGCAAAAAGAAUGUUUGAUGCUGCGGGUGUAAUGUAUAGGCAGUACAUCCCAAAGAAUCAAAAAAUAGAAAUUAAUUUCAGCGAUAUUAAUUGGACUGAGAUGAACCAAUUACCGCAAACUCCGACCAAACAAGAAGAUUAA